CAGGCCCAAUAAAAACUUCUGGAAUCGCCUGUAUGGGCUCUUUUCUACAAGUCCACCCAUCAGCUGUCUGAUUUCUACCCCAAAACAUCCACCACCGGCGACCGGAUUAUUACUCCCUGAAUCAUUUUUCUUCUCCGAUCGAACAUCACGGUUGACGGUGUGUUAUAAAUCUUGAUUGUUUGGGCAACACGUAAAAGCGUUCUGACAGAAAGAUGAGUUCAUUUUCAAUUACACGGAAGAAGACACCUUUUCAAAAGCACCGCGAGGAAGAAGAGGCAAAGAAAAAGAGGGCUGAGGAUGAAACAGCUCGUCUGUAUGCUGAAUUUUUGGAGUCCUUUCAAGGGGAUGACUCGGGGUUAAAGGCUUUUGUUCGAGGUGGAACAGUUAAUCCCAAUGACAAAGUGAAGUCCGAUACAGGUGGAAAUUCCAAAGAUGUAUCUGGUUCAAAGAAGGGGAGUAGAUAUGUUCCUUCUUUCAUACCCCCUCCUAUGGCAACCAAGGGUAAAGAAGAAAAACAGAAAGAAGAAGAGAGACCAAAGGACAAAGGAAAAGGGAAGGCUAGGAAUAUAGAUUUCUUCAUGGAGGAACUAAAACAUGAACAAGAAAUGCGAGAAAGGCGAAACCAAGAGCGAGAACAAUGGUCAGAUGGGCGUCCCAGUGCUACUUCAACUUUAUCUAGUCGGUUUGAUGAGUUGCCUGAUGAAUUUGAUCCAAGUGGAAAGUUUGGGUCUUUUGAUGAUGGAGAUCCUCAGACCACCAAUCUUUACGUCGGGAAUCUGGCACCACAGGUAGAUGAAAAUUUUCUGUUGAGGACAUUUGGAAGAUUCGGGCCCAUUGCUAGUGUGAAGAUAAUGUGGCCAAGAACAGAAGAGGAGCGCAAGCGCCAAAAAAACUGUGGCUUUGUGGCUUUUAUGAACCGUGCAGAUGGACAAGCUGCAAAAGAUGAAAUGCAAGGUGUGGUGGUUUAUGAUUAUGAACUGAAUAUUGGGUGGGGUAAAUCUGUUUCUCUCCCCUCUCAAUCACUCCCUGCACCUCCUCCAGGACAAAUGGCCAUCAGGAGUAAAGAGGGUGCCACUGUGAUAUUGUCGGGUCCAUCUGGUCCUCCAGUUACUUCUGUUCCAAGCCAGAACUCUGAGCUGGUUCUUACUCCCAACGUGCCUGAUAUAACUGUUACUCUGCUUGAAGAUGUUCGCCUUCGUAAAGUAAUUGAUACAAUGGCUCUUUAUGUUCUUGAUGGAGGUUGUGCUUUUGAGCAAGCUAUAAUGGAAAGGGUUCGUGGAAAUCCUCUUUUCAGUUUCUUGUUUGAACUUGGCUCUAAGGAGCAUACUUACUAUGUUUGGAGGCUGUAUUCUUUUGCUCAGGGUGAUACUUUGCAUAGGUGGCGAACCGAACCUUUCAUCAUGAUAACUGGUAGUGGGAGAUGGGUCCCACCUGCUUUGCCAACCGCCAAAAGCCCAGAAAACGAGGAGACUGGAGCCACAUUUGCUGCUGGGAGAAGCAGGCGUGUGGAGCCUGAACGUACACUAACCGAUGCACAAAGAGAUGAAUUUGAAGACAUGCUUCGUGCCUUGACUUUAGAAAGAACUCAAAUCAAGGAAGCAAUGGGUUUUGCAUUAGAUAAUGCUGAUGCUGCUGGAGAGAUAGUUGAAGUGUUGACCGAGUCUUUGACUCUUAAGGAAACACCAAUACCCACUAAAGUCGCAAGACUCAUGCUUGUUUCCGACAUUCUUCACAAUAGCAGUGCUCCUGUAAAGAAUGCAUCUGCUUACCGUACCAAAUUCGAAGCCAAUCUGCCUGAUAUACUUGAAAGCUUUAAUGAUUUGUAUAGGACUGUCACAGGAAGAAUUACUGCUGAGGCCUUAAAGGAACGAGUUCUGAAAGUUCUACAAGUGUGGGCUGAUUGGUUCUUGUUUUCGGAUGCAUAUGUAAACGGGCUACGUUCAACUUUUCUUAGAUCGGGUAACUCCGGUGUUGUCGCAUUCCAUUCAAUUUCGACUGAAACCGAAGACAAAACUAAUUAUGACGAGACUGGAGAUGUUGGAAAGGCCAAUCCAGAUGCAGCAUUGGCAAUAGGUAAAAGUGCAGCCACGAAAGAGCUGAUGAGUCUCCCUCUUGCUGAGCUGGAACGGCGGUGCCGCCAUAACGGGUUAUCUCUGGUUGGUGGUAGAGAAAUGAUGGUUGCACGGUUGCUUUAUCUCGAAGAAUCUGAAAAGCAAAGGGGUUAUGAACUCACCGACAAUUUGAAAUAUUCCCAGAGUUAUCCACGAGAAAGUGGCGUUGAUACGGGACCUGUGGGGUUUUCAGGACGGAAUCACCAAGUGGAGGAUGAUAUGAAUAUUCUGUCAAAGAUUCCGAUUCCAGAACCUGAGUUAAAACCCUUCCCGAAUAAAACAAAACCUGAUUCUGUGUUGCCCGCCUCUAAGUGGGCCCGGGAAGACGAUGAAAGUGACGAUGAACCAAAAAGUACUAAAAAUCUUGCAUUAGGGUAUUCGUCUUCUGGAAGUGAGAAUGAUGGUGGUGGUUUUAGUAACGCAGAGGCAGUGGAGCCAACACGCAUUCUCACAAGUUCUGAUAGUGGGCUAAGUGAAGAAAAGAGACAAAAGUUGAGGCAGGUUGAAGCGGCUUUGAUAGAGUAUCGUGAAUCUCUGGAAGAGCGGGGAAUAAAGAAAGAGGAAAUCGAAAAGAAAGUUGCGGCACACCAGAAACAGUUGCAGUAUAAAUAUGGCUUAACGAAUGCCAGUGAAGAUACAUCAAACAAGAAAGGGACGUCAUCUUCAGAGAGAAGGGAGAAAAGAGAGGAUUCACGUGAAUCUUCUAGAAAGCGUCACAGAAGUCAUCAUGACAGUGAAAGCCCACCGAGGAAAUCAUCAAGUAGAGACCGGGAGAAGGGUAGAAGUUAUGAUCAACAAACUGAAAGAGACCAUGAUAGAGAUAGACGUAGAGACAGGGACAGGGACACCAGGAGAAGAUGAAGGCAGCUGGAACUCUUAUGUCUGAUCAACUGAGUUUUUAAUGGUUUACCUUCUGCAAACAGCAGCAUCAUGUGGAUGAUGAUGAUGAUAGCCGAAACGGCAAUUUCGCAUAGGUGGUGGACAUUCUGGCAUCUUAUAUGUGGGAGAUAGUAUGGAAUUUUGGUAUGGUUUAUGGAUCAUAUAUGCUGUAAACGACAUGGAAACAUUAUCUUUUGCAUCCUGUAAUGAAUCUGAUUGGUUUGUUGUGCGUACGAGAAAAUAUUUUGCAUCACAUC